AUCAUUGAGUGUGGAAAUGGCAGGCAGGCUUAUGCAUGCAGUUCAGUACAAUAGUUGUGGCGGAGAGCCAAGUGAUUUCAAGUAUGUUGAAGUCCCGGUUCCGAGUCCAAAGAAAGAUGAGGUUUUGAUAAAAGUGGAAGCAGCAAGUUUGAGUCCGGUUGAUUGGAGGAUUCAGCAAGGCAUGCUGCGCCCUAUGUUUCCUCGCGAAUUUCCUCAAACACCUGGUACUGACGUGGCAGGAGAGGUCGCUGACGUAGGAUCAGGAGUAAAAAAUUUCAAAGCUGGUGACAAAGUCGUAGCUAUGCUCAAUUUUGCAAAUGGAGGUGGACUAUCGGAGUAUAUUGUGGCAAAGGCGAACUUGACGGUUCCUAGGCCACCAGAAGUUUCAGCAGCUGAAGGUGCAGGCUUACCUGCUGCCGGUCUCAUGGCUUACCAGGCCCUCACCGACUCCGCCGGGAUCAAGCUUGAUGGAAGCGGAAAGCCAGCAAACAUCCUCAUCACGGGUGCCGCAGACGGGGCGGGUUGCUAUGCAGUGCAGCUGGCCAAGCUUGGAAACACACAUGUUACAGCAACUUGUGUAGCCCAACACAUUGAGCUUGUCAAGAGCUUAGGGGCUGAUGAGGUUGUGGACUGCACCAGUCCUGAUGGGGCUGCCCUCAAGAGCCCAUCUGGUAAGAAAUAUGACAUAGUAAUUCACUGUGGAGCACCCACUCCUUGGUCAACUUUUGAGCCUAAUUUGGGUUCAAAUGCCAAAAUAUUUGAUCUAAAUCCUACACCAAGUGCCAUAAAGACAUAUGCCCUAAAGAAACUCACAUUCUCCAAGAAGCAGCUAAUCCCAGUGCUCUUGAGUCCCAAGGCUGAGAAUCUGGAUUAUCUUGUGAAGUUGAUGAAGGAAGGGAAGCUUAAGACAGUAAUUGAUUCAAAGUAUUCCCUGAGCAAGGCUGAAGAUGCUUGGGCUAAGAAUGUGGAUGAGAAAGCUAUUGGGAAGAUCAUCUUGGAGCCAUAAAUAUAUGCCUGGAGUUGCUGAAAUUUAUUAUAUGAAUAAGAGUUGUGCAUCUUGAUAUUUUUUUGAUGUUUGUAU